CCGACCAGCCUCAUUAAGGAUCCAACAUCGAACAAUUGUAUAAAACCCGAUCCAUUAGUUAUUGGACGGAUCUGACCCAUAUGGGCAGGUUAUUAAUGGGGCUCCAACCCAUUGAAUUGCUCUGAAAAUAAGGGAAAAAGAAAACAUAUGAACAUAGCCCUGCCUAGUGCCUCAUCGUCUCUCUGAGUUCUCCAUUGAAGCGCACUAAUCAACAUUGCAAGAAUAUGAAGCUAAAGAAAAUUCCUGGAAUUAACAGAAAGCUUGAAACGAUUGAUGAUUAUGAUGAUGAUGUCAUGGCUUUGGAGGGUGCUACUCUUAACAGUAGACGUGCCUUUACUCUUUCUAGCAAACUCUCCCUGAUUGUUCCUGCCAAGGGAAACAGGCUCAAGGAAAGAGCUGAGCUAGGAGAAAGGAGAUGGAAACACCAACUUCGGGUUCUGGCUAGAGCCGGAAUCAAGUCAAAAGAUAAUGAUGCUGCUGAACUUGAUAAUGAGCCAGAGCGUUUGGGUGACAAAACUGAUGCUGGAGAUAGUGAUGAAUCAGAAGACUUCUACAAUUUAGUUAAAAAACAAAAAGAAGCCAAGGAUAAAUUGAAGGCAGAGAAGUAUUCAAGAAUCCCACAAGAUCAAUAUGAAAUAGAGAUCACUGCUGAUGGAAAACGUCGCAUUUCCAAGCAGAUGGAGAAAAAUAGAGGGCUUACUCGUGAUCGAAAGAAGCAGAAAAAGAAUCCAAGAAAUAAGUACAAGCGGCAGCAUGAAAAAGUGGUUAAUAGGCGCAAGGGGCAGGUGCGUGAAGUUAAGCGACCGAAGCUUAGUUAUGAAGGGGAACUUACUGGCAUCAAUCCUAGCAUUAGUCGAAGCAGGAGGCUGGGAUGAAGUUCUGUUAUUCGUUUGGGUGAUGGAUUAAGUCAAAAUUCUGGAUUUUUUGUGUAGCAGCUUCUCUCUGAUAUAAACAAAUAAUUAACUGUAUGAAAUCCAUUUUCGUAAAUAAUAAAAUAAAAUGUUAUUUUAUA